GAAAGGUUCCUCUUUUCUCUUUCUGGUCUGGUAGAGAGAGUGGAGUGGAGUCCAGCUCGAUCGAGCGAUCCAUCGAUCUAUCUCCGAUCCAUCCAUCUCUCACUCGAUUCCAUGUUCUAUGGAGAUCUCUUCCGUAACAGGGUGCUGGGAGCAGCCAUGGCGUUUCUACUCCUCGUUUCCCUGUUCUUCUUUUUCAGAGUAAGCAAACAGUAAAUUAUCCAUCUAGCUCCAAUCGGUCGAUCGAUCGGCAAGUGAGGACCAACGAGUUGACCCUCUCGCGGUAGUCGCGCAUGAGGAGGACCACAUGGGGACGAUCCAUCGCCAGCAGCAGCAGCCCAAUUGCCCAUCUUACUUCGCAUGGAUCCACGAAGAUCUGGCUCCCUGGAGCGAGAGUGGGAUCACUCGCGAGCACCUGGACGAGGCCCGGCGAAAAGGCGAUUUUCGGCUCGUUAUCGUCGAUGGUAAGCUCUACUUUGAGCGGAUUCAGGAAUGCAUCCAGACCCGGGACGAGAUCACUCUCCAAGGAUUGCUCUUGCUGCUGGAGAAAUUCCCCGGGAUGAUUCCGGACAUGGAGAUGGUCUUUGUUUGCAAUGAUUUCCCUCAAGUUCCCAAGGACGAGUAUCGGUCAAAGCCGCCGCCGCCAAUCUUCUCCUAUUGCACGUCCAGGUUCGGGGGGCAUUUUGAUAUACUCUUCCCAGAUUGGUCUUUCUGGGGAUGGCCACAAGUCAAGAUUCGUCCCUGGGAGCAAGAAAGUGUGGAGAUUUUCGAGGGAGCGAAUGAAACGGAUUGGUUUGAGAGGGAGGCGAUUGCCUACUGGAAGGGAAAUCUUUGGGUGAUGACACCGGUUCGCGAGGAGUUGCUUCAAUGCAACAACACGCAAUACAACGUUGUCGUCUAUUAUUUGGAUUGGGCAAAAGAGGAAGCCGAGGGAUUCAAGACAUCGUCGCUAUCAAAACAAUGUCACACCAGAUACAAGGUUUAUGCUGAAGGACGAGGGUGGUCAGCUAGCCUCAAAUACUUGAUAUCUUGUGGCUCCACAAUUCUCCACAUUCAGCCCGAUUUCUGGGAGUUUUUCGCGAGAUCCUGGCUACCUUAUGUGGAGUACUGGCCAAUCAGCAGAGAGAACAUGUGUUCAUCCAUUAAGCAUGCUGUGGACUGGGGAAACGCACAUCCAUUUGAGGCUUCUGCUAUUGGAAAACGUGGGCAAGCCUUUCUCAAGGAGCAGCUAACCAUGGAUCACGUCUACUCGUACAUGCUGCAUGUCAUGCAAGCGUACGCAAAGUUGCAAAGGUUCAAGCCGGAGGUUCCCAAAGGCGUCCAGCCAUGGCGGCCGAAUCCAGGUGAAAACAUUGGAAAUGUUACAGCAGGACAACCUUGCAACAUGCCUCCCAGGGAUCAAGUCAUGGUGUCAAGGUUUACGGCCAGCCAAGUUGCUGGAUACUGGCAAAAAUGCUCCUAACCUUUUCUUUUCUCAAUCUUUUGAUCAACAAAAACUAAUAAUCGAAUCUGGAAGAGCCCUAAAGAAUCUUUUGUUUUUUGGUAAUGGCGAGCAAGAGGAAGCGCGGGAGCAAAGCAGACGAGAAAGAGGACGAGGAGACCGUGGCGGUGUGCGAGAUAUCAAAGAAUCGCAAGGUCUCGGUGCGCAAAUGGAGGGGGCAAGUCUUGGUAGACAUUCGAGAGUAUUGGUACAAAGGAGGCGAGUGCUUGCCAGGGAAGAAAGGAAUCUCUCUCACCAUGGAUCAGUGGAAUGUUCUCCAAGAGCACGUUAAACAAAUCGAUUCUGCGGUACAGCGCGUGAACUGACGAUCAUCGUUUUUUUUUUUUCUCCCCUUUCUGCUAAAAAGGUUUUUAGAAAAAUGGUUUUGUUGCAGUCGA